AUGGCAGGACCAAAUAAGAACUUUCGCCAUGGCCCCAAGCGGCAAAGGAGGACCGAACCUAAGCGGAAGGAGAAGUCGAACGAACUGGACGAGGUCUUACAACUCGAUAUUGACAAACUUUUGAAGAAGAACAAGCCCGAAGUCGACAGUGCCGCCGACGCUCCUACUCCCCCGCCGUCCACGCUUCCAGAACUUUUUACAGAGAUUGAGGUGACUGUCGAGGAGAUAUCUUCCACAGGCGAUGGGUUGGCAUUAUCGGAAAACAAGGACCACGUCUACAUCGUUCCAUUCACAGUUCCAGGCGACAAAGCGCUUGUCAAAGUAGUGCGGCAUGUCAAACAACUAUCUUACAGCGUGACGGAUUUUCUCAAGGUUAUCGAGCCUGGCCCACAACGACGAGAUGAUGCGAUUGGGUGCAAAUACUUUGGAAAAUGCUCUGGCUGCCAGCUUCAGAUGCUGUCGUAUGAGGAUCAGCUGGCGCAUAAGAAACGCAUCGUCGAGAAGGCAUAUGCCAACUUCUCCGGCCUCAUCCCGGAACUUAUUCCUGCCAUUGGAGAUACAUUCCCAUCGCCUCAGCAAUAUGGAUAUAGGACCAAACUCACACCGCACUUUCCUGCUCCGCCUGGAAGCGGCAAGGGUACUCCGGAGUCUGAACCUCAGGUGCCACCCAUCGGCUUCACCUACAAAAACCAACGGCGGCACUUAGAUAUCGAGGACUGCCCAUUAGGCACGGACAUCAUCCGACAAGGAUACAAGAGUGAGAGAAAGAGGGUAGCAGAAAACCUGGCUAAGUACAAGAAGGGCGCAACCAUCCUCCUCCGCGAGACCACCAGUCGCACUCCAAAGGAGGCCUCGACAGACGCCAAUGGCAGCUCCGACUCCAAACCAACAAUCCCAAUCACUUACGAGAACAAAAACAAACCCGAGCAAGAAUCUGGCGAUGUCAUCACUAUCGACCGUCCAACAUACACCGAAGAGAAACGGUGUGUAACAGACCAAAACGCAACCUCGGUCGAGUACAUCGACGACUACCUCUUCACCAACAAAGCAGGCGCAUUCUUCCAAAACAACAACUCCAUCCUGUCCGGUUUCACAGAAUACAUCCGCCAACAAUCUCUUGCGCCUAACACUGAUACAUCCUCCACCGCGGCCAACCCCCCUAGCCCCAUAAAAUAUCUCCUAGACGCCUACUCCGGCUCCGGCCUCUUCACCAUAACCCUCUCCCCGCUCUUCAAAUCCAGUCUCGGCGUCGACGUAGCGGGCGACUCCAUCAUCUCUGCGCGCGACAAUGCACGUGCUAAUUCCCUACCCAACACCGGCUUCGCCGCCGCCGAUGCCGCAACCCUCUUCAAGGACGUUCCCUACCCGGCUGACCAGACGUUACUUGUUAUUGACCCCCCACGGAAGGGUUGUAGCGAGGACUUUUUGCAGCAGUUGCUGACGUAUGGCCCGCGACGCGUCGUGUACGUUAGUUGCAACGUGCACACGCAGGCGAGAGACGUGGCGGUUAUGGUGCAGGGAGAUCAGAAGAAGGGACUGAGGUAUGAUAUUGAAAGUAUUCGCGGAUUUGACUUUUUCCCGCAGACAGGCCACGUGGAGGGUGUGGCUGUUUUGAAUAAGGUUGCUAUAUAG